UAUAUCACAAAAAGCCCAAAUUUAUUUUUGCGGUGUUUGCAUACUCUCUCUCUCUGCAGGCUGCAGCUCUAGCCACAAGUUCAGUCUCUUUAUAUCCAAAUAUUUGCCUUUGAUUUUUAUUUUUUCUGUUGUUCUAUCACUUUUGACCAAUCUUAGGUAUACAUGGCUUCCAUUACAGCGAACCUGCCUCCACCAUUGUUGGUUAAAGGUAGAAGAACCCUUUUCAGAACUCUUCAAAAGGUCCCAUUUUCUCCAAUUAAAGGGAGACAAAGCCGUGUUAGUGUUAUUGUGAAAGCUACUGGUGAAAGCCCUGAUUCUUCAUCCUCACUUACUAUUGUUAAGUCUGUGCAAAAUGUUUGGGAUAACUCUGAAGAUAGACUGGGACUGAUUGGUUUGGGGUUUGCAGCUAUUGUGGGACUAUGGGCAUCAGUAAAUCUUGUUACUGCCAUUGACAAGUUGCCACUUCUCCCAAAUAUACUAGAACUAAUCGGAAUAUUUUUUUCUACGUGGUUUGUAUACCGCUAUCUCUUGUUCAAACCUGAUAGGGAAGAGCUUUCCCAAAUCGUCAACAAGUCAAUUUCCAAUAUCUUGGGCCAGUGAAUUGCACAGCCAAAUAACAUGUAAUAUAAUCAAAGUGUUAAAGUUUUGUGUAGAUCUUAUAUCCGUAUUAUAUUGACAAGCAAAGCAUGGCUGAGAUUUCAUUCGAAAGUUUACACUUUCUGUAAGCUUCAUGAUAGAACAAUACUGUGGCUCCUGGUUCCCAAAUGUGGUUGUCUUGGAACUUCAUUUUGCAUGUUGACAUUCUGAGUAUCCCUACUCCUAUGUUUUUUGUUUGCCCAUGAAAAGGAAAAAUGGUUUGUUGUCGCA